UGCAGCAGUAUAGCAAUACUACCGGUUACCCUCCGUUCAGGGACUGGUGUAAGAACUUCAUUUUGGAACAUCACAACCCCCCAUGCUGGGGACGAGGUGAAAAUGCCACCGACGUGAUCGUAACCAACGGCGCUGCGGAGGCUGCCUUUAAGGUGCUGGAAAUGUGCCUGGAGACAGACGACACCAUCAUAGUCCAGAAUCCCACCUACGCCUCCGCCAUCGACCUAGUGCAAGCUCUUGGCGCCAAACCUGUCGGCGUACCGGGAGACGGACGUGGAAUAUCACCCUUGCACUUGAGAGAAACCUUAUCCAAAUGGACUCCCGAUGAAGUAAAGGAUCCAAAUUCUGAUUUCCCCAAAUUGAUGUAUCUGGUACCCACGGGGGGUAACCCGACAGGGGAGAAUAUGACAUUAGAGCGUAAGCAGGAAAUAUACGCCAUAGCCAAGGAGUUAGAUUUGCUCAUUCUAGAGGACGACCCCUACUACUUUGUACAGUAUACAGACUCUCGUGUGCCGAGUUUUCUCUCCAUUGAUACAGAUGGGAGAGUAAUGAGAGCAGACUCGUUCUCGAAAACCGUGUCUCCGGGGUUGCGUCUUGGCAUCCUCAGUGGUCCAGCGCCCCUGGUGGACAAAAUCGUAGCGCACAUUGGAUCCACGCAGGAACAUUCUAGUAAUUUGUCGCAGGUGGCGCUGCUGAUGGCCUUGAAGGCGUGGGGACAGGACGGGUUCCAGGAACAUGUUAAAAAGAUUCAAAGCGUUUAUAAAGAACAGAGGGACGCCAUGCAGUUGUCGGCAGAGAAAUGGCUGAGUGGUCUAGCUGAGUGGGAGCUACCGGAAGCCGGAAUUUAUUUUUGGAUCAGGAUAAAGGACGUACAAGACUCCAGAAAGAUCGUUGAAGAAAUUCGCAAGCACUAUCAGAUUGGUGUGUCACCCGGGUUUGCAUUUUCUACCAAUCCAAGCGACCUCUCGCCGUUUGUGCGGGUCUCAUUUUCCUACGUGGCACCAGACACGAUAGAUUUUGCAUUUCAAAAGCUCGCUGACGUCAUCAGAGAGACACAGAAAACAGAAAGAAGAGAGCAUGGAAGAUAAACAUGUAUUAAGCUCUCUUUUGAAGUGUUGUAAAGAGAUGACUCGAAUAUCAGGUUCAUGUAUAUGGGAGAGGCAACAGUUGGAUAUCAACAUAUUUAUUUCUCAAGACGUUCACUGCGCAUAAGACCUUUGCUAAAGAACUUUGUUACAUGAAGUUUCAUUACUUUUCUUCUAAUUUGCAAGGUACACCUUAUUAAUUUAGUACCCUGCACAUAAUUACGAUCAAUAAAUCUCAUUCAAAUGUUCUAGUUUUAAAGUCACUCUGGUCAUGAGGAUGGAGACUGGUGAAUUUCACUGGCGACGGCAUGUAGUAGAAUUUAAGAUCUUGAAAUCAGCUUCACAUAUACUCAUUUUACCAAAGGCUGGAA